GUCGCCAUGGAGACGGAUUACGCUACAAGGGCUGAGCCGGGAGCUGGGCGGCCGCUGCUUCAGCACCACACUCUCCGCGGACAGCUCCGGAGCCAGCGCCGCUGCCUGACCGAUCCCCGCUGCUAUUCUCUGGCCGGGGAGGAGGAGGGAGAGCCGGGGCGCCCAGCACAGGUGAGACAGAGGGGCUAGCAGGCGGCCCCUCUCUGUACCACACUGACAGCAUCGCUUCUCUGAAGAAUCAGAUGAGUCACCUGCGCGUCUCUCCGCUAUUACCAGACGAGCAGCGCAGAUUACACAGCUGUAUCACUGGUUGUCCAUCAUGACUGAACAGUCGGACUGCAGAUUCAACAAUCUGAGCCAGGACCAAGUCACCAUCCUAGAUCAGGUCCUGACCGAGAUUAUACCCAUCCAUGGACGAGGUAACUUCCCAACCAUGGAGAUGAAGCCGAGGGACAUCAUCCAUGUGGUGAAAGAGCAACUUGUAAAAAAGCAGAUUGUGAUACGUGACAUCCGUCUGAAUGGAUCCACAGCCAGUCACAUCCUCAUGCAGCAAAACGGGACCAGCUGUAAAGACUUGGACAUCAUUUUUGGCGUGGAGCUUCCAGGAGAGCGGGCAUUCCAGACCGUUAAGGAGAUUGUCCUGGAUUCUCUUUUGGAUUUUCUACCCAAAUGUGUCAACAAGGAGAAGAUCACCGCUCUCACCAUGAAUGAGGCGUAUGUACAAAAGAUGGUCAAGGUAUCGACGGAACAUGACCGCUGGAGUUUAAUCUCUUUGUCCAACAACAGUGGCAAGAACGUAGAGCUUAAAUUUGUCAACUCUUUAAGACGGCAGUUUGAGUUUAGUGUGGACUCUUUCCAGAUCAUCCUGGAUUCGAUCCUAAAUGUCUACACAGACAAGGACUGCGACUUGACCUCAGAUGUCUACCCCACUGUUGUUGCAGAGAGCAUGUAUGGAGACUUCAAGGAAGCCAUGGAACAUCUGAGGUGUCGACUCAUUGCGACAAGGAACCCAGAAGAGAUUCGAGGAGGUGGGCUUCUUAAAUACAGCAAUCUCCUAGUGCGUGACUACAAGCCAACCGAUGAGGUUGAAAUCAAGUCCCUGGAGCGUUAUAUGUGUUCCAGGUUUUUCAUUGACUUUCCCGACGUGGAGGAACAGCAGAGGAAAAUCGAGUCCUACCUGCGCAAUCAUUUCAUUGGAGAGGAGAAAAGCAAGUAUGACUACUUGAUGAUACUGCGCAACGUGGUGAAUGACAGCACAGUGUGCCUCAUGGGUCAUGAGCGUAGGCAGACUCUCAACAUGAUAACCAUUCUUGCUUUGAAGGUUCUCGGGGAGCAAAACAUCAUCCCAAACACAGCAAACGUUACGUGCUACUACCAACCGGCUCCCUACAUGAGCGAUAGAAACUUCAACAACUACUACAUUCCUCAGGGGCAACCGGCACUGUUUUACCAGCCCUACCAGUUCCACAUACACAUGCAGAGUGAACUGGUGUAACGGGGGCUCGCAUUGGAGAAAUAAAGGUCUCAGUAAGAACAA